UCGAAAUCAUUAUCCACAAAUUUAUUAUGAAACGCGUUCAAUUUUUCUCCGCGAUCUGACUAAUUAUUUUACAUAGAAUCACCCCUUAACAAUAUGUAUCACUUGCCUGGUCUCACUUUGUAUACUGUAUUUUAAUAUACCACAAAAUAUUUUUGCUUUUAUUCACGUUCAUUUCAAAAACAAAACGUACAAAUGAAAAUAAUGCUAAUGUCCGAAUAUUUUCCUUUUACCUAUCGUUAACGUACAAAUCAAAGAACGUACUUGCACUACUAUCUAAGUGGAUCAAACAACCUACGAAAGGUUCAAUUAGGGUUCGCACAAAUUUCUAAUUGACCGACGAAUUUUCAGGAAAAGGAAAAGUAUAUAAAGGACGUUUCCUGCAUAAGAAAUUGAAAUCAGCAGUCAGUGAAUAGCAACCGCUUUCAAAUCGAGCAAUUUUUAUAUAAAGAAAACAAUCAGAAAUUUCUUCGAGCAACGAUCAUGGAUGUUGAGAAGCAAAUGGAACAGGAUUCUGCUUCGCAGGUAUUUGCUAGUUUCGCGGAGCCACUUAAGAGUUUUGGCGAGGCAAAUUUGGGCGUAGCCACGAACCGCGAUAUGCAAGAGGACCAGCUAUCCCGUUUCAUGACCAGAGCCAUGACACUACAACCAUCAACAGCGCCAAAAGUCGGUAGUUUCGUAGGUUAUACAGCACGGUUCAAUGGAGAUGCGCACGACGUGGACAACUUCAUCUUAAAUAUCACGCUGUAUAAGGAUAUAGAGGGAAUAAAAGAUGAAACAGCUUUGCAAGAACUAUCUCUUUUACUGGAAGGAGAAGCCGCUAUAUGGUGGGCCAAUAUGAAAAAGGAUGUUCACAUAUGGUCCGAAGCUUUAAAACUAUUACAACGAAAGUUCUCGAUCAAAAGACAACCAUACGAGGUAUACCACCAAAUAUUCUCCGUAAAACAGGAUGAUCAUAUUCCAACAGAAAUGUUCAUUAACCAAAAACGAGCUCUUUUCGACGAACUUCCUCAAACCCACUCCGAAGAUGUUCAGAUCGAUAUGAUCUAUUCAUUACUGAAGUCAAAAGUCCGGAAGAAAAUACCAAGAGAGACGAUAGUUACCUUCGAUCAGCUGAUCUGCGCAGCUCGUCGCGUGGAAUAUUCGGGAUAUAAAAGGAGACUGCGACGAUUUGAGAGAUACAGCUUUGAUUCAUCAAUAUCCGCUGAGAAACCAACAAAAUUCUGCACACACUACAGAGAAUUUGACGAAAGUGAGAGAAGUCGCGAAGUGGACUGUUAUAAAUUCAAAAGUAAGCGACGUAGACGUGUCGACCGUCACAGGGAAUAUAUCCUGCCGACACCAAACACUUCCCGUACUCCGUUAGAUGAUUUUAACCUCACCUCAUACCAUUUAUAGAAUAAUUUCCAUAAGCAUAAGCAUCUCGGUAAUAUAGUCAGUUGUCGACCAGUUAUCAAUCAGGUAUCAACCAGUUAUCAACCAGGUAUCAACCAGUUAGCAGCCAGUUAUCAACGAAUUAUCGAUGUAAUUAACGAUCAUUCGGGACUCACCGAGUCGAAAUGAUCUUUAUUAGAUUCUCAAAAUCUGUCUACACGUUUCUCUAAUCCGACUAUGGAACGAUACCAGUGAUACAAUACCGCCUUAAAGAUACGGAUGCCGAAGAACCAUGGGAAAAAUCGAAAACGAUCGGCAACAAAGGUGGCUGCCUUUGAAAGACAACGGUGCUGUGAUCCGGAGAGCAAUUAGACGAGGAAAGGCGCAGGACGACGUAACUGCCACUGCGAGCUCUUGGCAAAGACGAGAAAGAUGGGUAUAAGGACCGAGGGAAAUUAAAUCUACUCGUUCCAGUACCCCAUCUACCCUCAUUACUGUGGAAAAGCGUAAAGAUCCCGGUGAGACGAGAAGACAUUGUUACAAGGAACGAGCAGCCAGGAAGUCCAUGUUUCCUUUUUGAAAAGUUGCCUUUGGUCUGCACGUGUACCCGUGUCCCGAGUUACACGCAGCGGACACCAUCGUCACCUGCGACGUGAAUCGUUUCGCCAAGAAGAAAGUUAUCCCUUCGCAAUUUUAUUUCUUGGCGUGCGACGCUUCGGUAAUUAUUAAUCGGAAAUUGAACCCAGUUGUUACCAGUGGUCCACUGUUAGAGAAUUCAAAAGUUAUUAAGAACGUAAACAAUGUUGGCAGCGAGAAUGCUUCUAGCCUCGAUGACCUCUAGACAGACUUGAUCGAUCGUCCGGUUUAGUUACUCCGAAUGUAAACCGAAAUGGACUAGUUCGCAUGAAUUGCAUUGAAUUGACUAUUGUAUCGAUCUGUUUAAAUGUAUCGACGAAUACGAUCAUACUUUCGGAGUUAACGUAAUUAAUAUAAUUAACCUACUAAUUAAUCUAUUGCAUGAUCGAGACAUUCACGAGACGAAGUUUGUAGAUUUUUAAAUUUUAGUGCGAAAGUACUUGAUCUGUACUUUCAUGCACCGUACUUAGAAAUAAUCUGAUGUACUGGUUGUUUUAACAUUUAUUUUUAGAGUUUGUAAAUAAAUUUGUAAAUAAAUUACUCGUUUAAUAGAAGAAUAAAUAGUAUGUAAUUUUUUAGUAUUCCUCAAUCCCUUAGCUCUUAAGCUACUAUGAUCUAAAAAGAACUAUGAUCAAGAUUAUGAUAUAUCGA